AUGUAUGUUGGUGACCUGAUCUUCCCAUUCUUCCAGGAACUGAACGACAUCAGAUCGUCUGGGAUCAAAAUAUUUCGAAAUAUUGAAGUAGAUGAGCAAAAUAUUUUAAAUUGGCAAGGAUUAAUUGUGCCGGUAAGUUCGCAGACAUAUAGAUUGUGUUAUUUUGCGAAGGGCUUGCUUUAGUUCCUGUUUCCUGUUUCGGAUGAUAUUCUUCGACAUUAUGCCAACUGAGGAAAAAUUUUUCGCAGCUUGGAAUAAAUUGUCUUUUAUAUGAUUAUGGGAAACAAACUGUGAUUGGGACCAAUUGUUCUUUCAGCCUCGCUCAAACUUAAGCUACUUGAAAGAGAAUAUUCUGUGACCCUUGUUCACUGUUCUUCUCUGAAGAAAUAUUUCAUUAUCGGUGAAGGUGUUCAUUUUGCAACCAUGGUACAGAAAAGGAUUGACAUUCACUUGUCCAGCUGUUAAGUGCUCUUCUAGUUUUACUUGUCCAUAUGUAAGUCCAGUUGUCUAGUUUUAUACCUGCCAACUUUUUCUGACUCAAAUGCAAGAGAUUUCACCUUGUCAUGACUGGGAUUUCCAGAAACGUCCUGGUGACUUCCGAAGAUUUCCAACAACUUUCUGAAGACUUCCGAACAUUGCCAAAGCCUAGUUAAUGCUGGGCAUUUACUAGGCUUCAUUCCAGUGGAAAAAGCUUUGGGGAAAACUUUUAGGAUCACAAGAUUUGAUAGAAGGAAGUGUGGCAAGGUGGUUAAAAAAGAUAUGGACAAAAAUUUGGGGGUCAAGUUUAUAUGGUUUUUUUUUGCUCUUUGUUUGGCCUUCUUGACUGAAUUGUGUUAGUUCUGGUAUAGUUUGAAAGAUCUCUUCCCCCUCCACAAGUUAGAUGACAAAGUUGUCCUUGACACAUCACAAGCCGUGGAAGGGAUGUGGAUCUGCUUGGGCAGUUGUGGGCAGCUCCGGGGUGAAUGGGUUAAGAUAAUCAUAAAAUUUUGUGUGCAUUCUUGCAUCUUAUUUAUCUGGAGCAAAAUGUCAAUACUGAAUUGCAAGGUUGAUUGAAAAAAUGUCACUUCUAGGGUACAUAUCAAGUAUCGGAUAAUGUAUCACAAGAAAAUUAUUUUCAAGGUGAGGGAGGGCUCAUUGCAGGCUUUGGCCUAUAUAUUAUUUUAAGCACCUGUUAAGAGGGAAUUAUAGAAGUUAUACUACUACAUGAGAAAUUUCUGUAAUUUGAUUGGCUUAGAGCAGUGGUAUUUCAGCAUAAUUUGAAAUACCUACAUGUGAAAAUUACAAAACCUUUGUGGGUAUUAGUAUAAACAAAUAAUAGCAUGAUUUGUACGUGAUAUUUGGCAUAAAUGGCACUCGUGAUAUUUCAAAAUUGUCUCAAAUUUCACUUGCCUAACGGCUCGUGAAAUUAAGUAUAACAAUUUCGAAAUAUCACUUGUGGUGUUUUUGCUAAAUGUCACUACAAAUCAUGCUAUUACCUAUACAAAUACAGAUAAAUGUACUGUAAUGGAGUGAUACAAGAAUGUCCUGUAGGGGAGGAACUUUCUCUUUGUCUUCAUCAUUGUCUGGUCAUUUUCUUUGGUAAUGGCUGCAUGUACCAUUUGGUUGGUAUUAUAUAGCAACUUAAUGCUACAUGUAACUUUAUGGCCCUUUUUUCAACAGGAAAAUGCACCCUACAGCAAGGGUGCUUUUAAAAUAGAGAUCAAUUUUCCUGCAGAAUAUCCUUUUAAGCCACCAAAGGUGAGUCUGUCUACAUCUUAAUUGUAUUGGUUGCCUUCAGCGUGAACACCACUAGAGUAGCACAAAGGUCAUCGCUUAAGAAUGUGAAUUACAUAUUUACAUCCUUUCCUCAUAACAUUAGUUAUGGCCACCUGUGUUUCUGAUGCAUUUUGUAUGUUUUUGUUGUGUUCUAAAACACAGUGCAACAACCCUACUUAAUAGACCCUAGCACCAUUUUUUCAACUUUGGACUUUGCCCAGUUGGUAAUAAUACGUUGACAUUGAUUCAAAAGGUGUCUUAAAACUAGUAAAGUUAUUGAGUUAGGGAGUGAUUCGUUGAAAACUGGCGAAGAUGUACCUCCUUAAUGUCACAACAUUUUACAGACGUUUUAUAUGCUGUGGGCAAGCAAGUUUGUGCCCCUACCAUACAAAGGUCUGUAUGCAUGUCUUUGCAAAGUUUUAUGUUGAGUCGUUUCAAUAUGCCACUUUCAAACUUGGCAAGUUUACUAUUUUUAAGGCAUUGUUUGUUUCUACCAGUGACACUCAGGUCUAUAACACUGAAGUUUAAUGCCCUUCAAAUUGAGGUUUCUUAUCAAAACAACAGUUUUGUCUCACCAACAGUCCUAUCCAGGAGUGGACUACACUCACCUGAUCGAUCAUAUUCAACCUACUUAUGACAUUGACCCUGAGUUUAAAUAUUUUUUAAUAAUACUAACCAUUUUGAUUAGGAAAGCACCCCAGUAAGAACAGGCGAUUUAAACUAUGCUGUAUUGUGUUAUGCAGGGUGGUCAUUUAGGGCGUGAGGCCAGGGAUUUCCCUGGCUACCAUGAGCUUGACCCCCAACUACUUUUCUAGAGAAAUAAAUAAAAAAUAGAACCAAAAGAAAUCCCUUGCUGUUUGAUUUCCCACCUUCUUGUUGUAUUACUGUUUCCCAGUGACUUAAAAUCCUAGUGGUCUAGCCUUGGUCAUGAAGUUAUGAUAUCUUGCCUUUUGUAGUUAUUAUUAUUAUUAUUUUCUUUUGUUUUUUACUAAAAUCUGUCCUUAUCAGUAAUGUAUUAUUGUUAAGCAAACUGUUAUUGUUAAUGAUUAUCUUUCAGAUCACUUUUAAGACAAAGAUUUAUCAUCCUAACAUUGAUGAAAAGGGCCAGGUAUGCUUGCCUAUCAUCAGCCCUGAAAACUGGAAACCUGCCAUUAGGACUGAUAAAGGUGGGUUAGUGCCCUAAGUUUCAAACCUGGUUAGGCUAAAUACAAAGCAAAGCAAAUAUAUGUACAUGCCUUCAAUCUCAGGAUAUGGAACUUGCAAGCAAUAUGAUACUAAAACUAAUCCGUCCUAAAAAUCAGCCAACAGUUUCAUGUUACUUGUAGAAAAUUGUGUUCGAUGAAAUUUCCAUUUGGCUGAGGUGUUCGCAUUAACGACAUUAACGAGGGUGGCUUUCUAUGAGAAUCUGUUGAUUGGAGGAGAAAAAGUGGUCAUUGUCUGCUUUAACGGGCGUCCAUAUAAGCAGGUCAAAUUUAGAGAAAAAGUAAGGGCUUUCUCCAGGGACAAAGAAAACUGUCUGCAAUAAUGAGGGUGUCUGUAUUAAGUGGGUGUCCAUAAAGCAGGGUUCGGAUGUAUUGUUAUUUGACCUUGCUCAACUGAACUGGUCAUCAAUGUACAUCACUUUAAAGUUAAGACAAUCAAAAAAGGUAUUGGUAAUAGCUAAAAAAUUUACUCAUUUACUUGCAGUUUACAUACCUAUUAGUUAUUAACAAAUCAACAAGAAAAUCGCUAAAGUGAACCUUUGGAUUUUUUCAUUUCACAAGCUUGAUGGAUCUGCAACUCAAAUUUUACGUAUCACAGCCAAUAUCUAGCUUGAAAGCAAGGUGUUAUUACUUGUGGAUAACAUGUGUGCGCUUAGGUUGGCUAGUUAAAUUACUCAUUAUUUUUACACUGGGCCUCUGCAUUGGUUACUCAGCCUCUCCUUAGUAUUGUUAUUUAUUAUAUAAAAAUCAGUGAAAUACCAGGUAAACUUUCGGGCAAAAACAUGAUAUCUUCACUUGUGAAAAUAACAUGUUAGUUUCACAUGUGAAAAGAUCACCAUUGCUAUGGCUACAUAAUGAAUUGCACCUUUUAUAAAAAACUUUUAAAGUGAAAUGGUUUGAAAUGUCAUUGGUGUUUAUAUAAUGAAUAGAAUAUUACAUGGCUGCUUGUAGAUAUGAAAUUUCUCUUUGAGUGUUGAAAAAUACUUUAUGAGUGAGUACAGCGAAGAAGUGAAAUACUUUUCAACACCUGAAGAGAAAUUUUGUAUCUCCACGUGGCCAUAAAAUAUCCUCUAUUUACAAACUUCUCUCUUGUUUCAGUGAUUCAAGCGCUUGUGGCUCUCAUACAUGAUCCUGAACCAGAACACCCACUCCGUGGAGACCUAGCUGAGGAGUACAUCAAGGAUAGAAAAAAGUUUAAUAAGACUGCUGAAGAAUUCACAAAGAAAUAUGCUGAAAAAAGACCUGCUGACUGA